GUUCAGUCGCAAAUAGCCGUCGCCAAGUAAGAAGCAAAGAAGUCUUCCCAGCAGACAUGGAACUCAGUGGUCGUACCGACAUAGCCCUGCGGGUGACAAACGCAUACAAGUCGUUUAACGGCAAAACAAACAUAAUCAACGGGUUGAACAUGACCGUACCCAAAGGAUGUAUCUACGGUCUUCUGGGCCCUAGUGGUUGUGGAAAAACCACGUUACUGAAUUCUAUUAUGGGAACACAAGUUUUGGAUUCAGGAGUCAUUGAUGUACGAGUGGAGUCCAUCACGGAUAUUGGAUACAUGCCCCAAGCUUUAUGUUUAGACAAAUAUCUUACUGUGGACGAAUCACUGAUGUAUUACGGAACGUUGUACAACAUGUCGGAAGAAAAUAUUACAAAAAGAUCGACUGAACUCUGUAGCGCAUUUGAUAUUAUAAACUUGAAGAAAUCCUUUAUUAAAAACUUAAGCGGAGGAGAGUGCCGGAGAGUUUCAUUAUCAAUUUCAUUGUUGCACGAUCCAAAAAUAAUUGUAUUAGACGAACCUACGGUCGGAAUUGAUCUCGUAAUCAGUUUCAAUAUUUGGAAAUAUUUUGUAAGUUUAGUAAAAAAUCAUAACAAAACAAUUAUCAUAACGACCCAUUAUAUUCAAGAGGCUACUCAAGCUGACACGAUUGGUUUAAUGAGAAACGGCAGAAUACUUGAAGAAACGUCACCUCAAAAUCUGUUGAUCCAACAAAAUACAACUUCUCUGGAAACGGCGUUCUUGAAACUUUGCCAAUCAAAAGAGGAAACAACAAUUGAAGAAGUUCCGGAUAACUCACAUGAAACUCCAAAAGUGUCCAAUUGGAUUCAAGUAAACAACGGUAGUUAUCUGACUUCACAUCGUAUCCGGGCGUUGUUGAGAAAAAAUUGUUCGGUGGUCUCCAGAGAUUUCUUGUAUGCCUUUUUCAUGAUAAUAUUGCCGACAAUUCAAAUAUUCAACUCGAAUUUCACUAUGGGCAAUCGGAUCGAACGAGUCGACAUAGUCAUUUCAAACGACGAAAUGGACAUCUCCAGAUGUGCAUCUGCUAAUUUCGAAGGGUGUUUGUUCGACGAUAGCUACAACGGCACUCUGAGUUGUGAAAUGUUCAACUAUUUGAAAUCACUCAAUUACGACGUUGUCGAAAUCCACGACAACAAUGACGAAGCAUUCGAAACAGUGCACCAAGGUCGAGCCAUUGCGUUUGUACGUUUCCCCCAUAAUUACACUAAAGAAAUUCGACAACAUGUUAUUAGAAAUGCCAGCUAUGUGGACGACUCAAAGGCACUUGUGUAUAUGUACAAUGGAAAUUAUGUAUUUAAAAAUCAAAUUUAUAAUGAUAUGCAUAAUGUUUUCAACCAUGUUUUGGAUAAUGCAAUGACUCGAUGUUCGGCUAAUAAAAGAGCUGUUAAAAUACCUAUGGAUAUAAAAAGAGAAUUUGGUAUUAAAGUUGAAUCGUUAAGGAAUACAUUUAUUGGAUUUAUCAUAGUUAUAUCUACAUUCCACUUUGCUAGUGUGUGCUCAGCAAGUUUUAUGCUAACGGAAAAACAAGAUGGUCUACUUAGUAGAACAAAAUUAUCCGGGGUCACGAUACUAGAAGUCAUUGUAGCAUUGGUAGUUACCCAGACAGUUGUUUAUUUAGUUCAAUUGGGCAUAAUGAUGUUUGUGUCGUACUACGUUUUUCCAAACGCCAUAGAGACACCGAGUAAUAUUUAUUUAAUGAUUAUAGUGCUAAUAUUCACUUUCUGGAAUGGAUUGCUAUACGGUGUUAUUGUCGCUGGAUUAUCUAGAAACAGUACUGAAGUUAUGUUUUUGACGUUUGGAUACGGUCUUUUAGCCGUAGUCAUAGGAGGUUUUUUGUGGCCAGUGGAAGCUCAACAUCCGAUAAUGGGAGAAAUCUCCUAUAACCUACCGAUGAGUGUGGCAGGAAGACUGAUAAACAACUUCGCUAAUAAAACGUUGUCGACAUUUCAUCUCGUCAUGUUGACUGACUACGCAAAACUAAUUGGCCAUGUACUUCUUCACUCAGCUGGUAUAUACUGUUUGAAAUUUGUGAAAACAAAUACAUGGUUUUUAGAUAAAUAAUAAUUUUAUUGUAAUAUGAUUUUUUUCUACUGGUUCUGUAAAAAAAAAACAAAUUGUAAUUUUGUAAGUAUUAUGUUUCGAUUUUUAAUUAUUUACACGAUAUUGGUAUAUAAAUAUAAUACUACAACAGAAUAUAACAGACACAUUUGUUUUAAGUAUGCGUUUCAACCGUUACUGGAGUUUGAUUUGUAAAAAAAAAAAAAAUUCAGCAAAUAGUAUAAUAUUAGCUUCAGCGUAUUUCUGUUACUACCACGCGCUUAAUGUUAACUUAGCUUUACGUUGAUUUCUAAAUAAAUGCUGGU